AUGAACACAACACCAUCAGCUCUUGAGACAGCAGCAGCAAAUACAGCAUGGAGUAGAACCCUUCUAAAUCUGGUCACUGCCCAGCUGUUUCAAGUUGCAAUUAACACUCUGGUGGUCUCGGGCCUAUCUACGCUUGUCAGCGUCCUCUUCGACCACCUCAUUAGCAUCUCUCCAUCUACUGCAUUUGGUGCUACCCUGCUCUGCAAGCUCACCAGCAUCGUCUGGGCUUACUACUCCACAAAGGGAACCAUCCUCCGAUUUGUCAGCCUGCGCGCUUGGAAGGAAGUCUACGGCCGCAAGGUUGGACAGUCCAGGCCCAAUGUCAAGAAUCUGGACUAUGCCGCCAAGAACCUUCCGAGCAGCCGCCUGCCUAUGGCUCUUGAGCCCACCACAGCCAGACACUCAGCGCAGCGCAAGCAGUUCAAUCCUACCUUUUGGCGACUUAUGUAA